UGAGGGUGAAAUUUCAGGAGCCAUUCCAGUUCAGACUUGGGAGAAUGGCAAACACUACCAAGGGCAGGGUUUGUGUCACUGGGGCUUCUGGCUUUGUUGCCUCUUGGCUUGUGAAGCGACUUCUUGAGUCAGGGUAUCAUGUUCUUGGGACAGUAAGAGACCCAGGCAACCACAAGAAAGUAGGGCACCUGUGGAAUUUAGCAGGUGCAAAGGAAAGGCUGGAGCUAGUAAGAGCUGACCUCUUGGAAGAAGGAAGCUUUGAUGAUGCUGUGAUGGCUUGUGAGGGUGUCUUUCACACUGCAUCACCUGUCAUCACUGAAACUGACUCCAACAAGGCAACAAUUCUUGAUUCAGCGAUAAAUGGCACCCUAAACGUGCUGAGAUCAUGCAAGAAGAACCCAUCUCUCAAGAGGGUCGUCCUCACAUCUUCAUCAUCAACCGUGAGGCUCAAAGAUGAAGCCGACCUGCCACCCAACGCCUCGCUGGAUGAGACGUCAUGGAGCUCCAUGGAGUUCUGCGAGAGCCUCCAGAUAUGGUACGCCAUUGCCAAGACUCUGGCAGAGAAGGCUGCCUGGGAAUUUGCAAAGGAGAACGGCAUCGACCUUGUGGCUGUUCUUCCAACCUUCGUGGUUGGACCCAAUUUGUCCCAUGAAUUGAGCCCCACUUCCACCGACGUCCUCGGCCUAUUCCAAGGAGAGACAACGAAGUUCACCGUGUACGGCAGGAUGGGGUACGUGCACAUCGACGACGUCGCGAUCUGCCACAUCCUGGCCUACGAGACAGCCCGUGCGGCCGGGAGAUACAUCUGCAACUCUGCUGUCCUGGACGUCAACGAGCUGCUCGCCCUGCUCGCGAGGCGAUUCCCUUCUUACCCCAUCCCAAAGAGUUUGCCGUGCGUCUACGGGGAGCAGACGUAUGAUUUCAGCACGGCCAAGGUGAGGGAGCUGGGGAUGAUGAAGUUCAGAGACGUGGAGGAGAUGUUCGACGACGCCGUGGAGUCGCUCAGAGCUCACGGCCACCUGCUGAGCAGGAGCAGCUCACCAUGAGCCCCAUCAUGACGGUUAAAUCAUGAGUCGAUCAGACAGACAAUCAGUGAAUCUGUAGCUAGAAUCUGUCAGAGAAGGCUCUGCGCUACUGCAGAGCUGAAAGGGGUUUAUAGAUGAAAAACUUUAUUCGUAUUGUCGUCCAUGUAUCAAGCCACGAAUUGCAAAUAAUUUAUUUUUAAAACUAA